AUGGCACCGAUACAAGACGCAUCGGUCGACGACCUCAAGCACAAGGUCUCGACACUCGAAGCGCGCAUCGCGGAGCUCGAGAGCAGACUGGGAGGCGGCCAGGGCACCGCGGCUCAGGCUCAAGAUGGCGUGCGCAUGAUUUUGAUGGGCCCUCCGGGUGCUGGAAAGGGCACACAGGCUCCCCGUCUUAAGGACAAGUUCUGCGUCUGCCAUCUCGCCACUGGAGACAUGCUGCGGGCACAGGUCGCAAAGAAGACUCCGCUCGGCCGGGAAGCAAAGAAAAUCAUGGACGCCGGCGGUCUCGUCAGCGACGAGAUCAUGGUCAACAUGAUCAAGAGCGAGCUGGACAACAACCAGGAGUGCAAGAACGGCUUCAUUCUCGAUGGCUUCCCACGAACAGUCACCCAGGCCGAGAAGCUCGACGACAUGCUCACUGCUAGCAAGAAGCCGCUCGAGCACGCCGUGGAGCUUCAGAUUGACGACUCCCUUCUCGUCGCACGUAUUACCGGUCGUCUGGUUCACCCCGCGUCCGGCCGAUCUUACCACAAGAUCUUCAACCCGCCCAAGCUCGAGAUGAAGGAUGACGUGACCGGCGAGCCGCUCAUCCAGCGCUCCGACGACAACGCGGAUACGCUCACGAAGCGCCUCAGCACGUACCACGCGCAGACGGCGCCUGUCGUUUCAUACUACCAGAAGACGGGCAUCUGGACGCCCAUUGAUGCUAGCCAGGAGCCAGGACAGGUCUGGAAGAGCUUGUUAAAGGUUGUUGACAACAAAGCGACCAUUAGCGGUCGCACCGGCAGCCUUCUUAACAAGAUCGGCCUCAAGAACUAA